GGAGCGCGGGGGGCUUCGGGGAGAGGAGACCGCGCGGGCGCGGCCAAGGCCGAGUCCCGGCGGGGGACGUGGACGCGGGUGAGAGGCCCCCGAUCCGUGGCCCGGCCGCGCGGGAGCGCCGUCCGAGGCCCGCAGCCGAGGUGCGGGGCCCUUGCCAGAGCCCGGGAAACGACCGCGCAGCGCAGUGGGGUCUGAAAGCCAUUUCCCCCCCGCGAGGAAUUUCUAUAAGAGCAAGUAACGAAUUUCCCCAGCUGGAGUGGCGGGUGGCGAGUGGCGGGGGAUCUAGCGGAAAACAGUGCUUUUUGGAUUUCAGAAUUGCAGACCAGGAGCACCAUUUAUUGAGAGGAGGACUCUGCUGGAUGUUUUUUGUCUGAUUUCUGCCCCACAACAACCUCUGAAUCUGCUGUUUUUAUUCCUGUCUUCAGGUCACAAAGGUUCCUAGAAGAAAUGGCCAAUGUGCGUCCACCAAGUUUUUCUAUAGAAGAACUUAAUAUAUACUGUCAGAAGCGCAACUUGGUACUUAAGUAUUAUGAACUGUCUAAGAAAGGACCUGCACAUAACUUAAAGUUUACAUUUCAAGUUAUCAUAAAUGAGAGAAAAUAUUCAGAAGCUGAAGGUAAAUCAAAGAAGGAGGCCAAAAAUGCUGCAGCCGAAUUAGCUAUUAAAAAACUUAACGAAGAAAGCAAGGCAGUUAGUUCUUUAUCACUGACAACAACAGAUACUUCAGAAGGACUAGGAAUAGGAUCCAUUGAGAAUUUCAUAGGCCGUUUGAAUAGGCUUGCCCAGAAGGAAAAACUAUCUGUAAAUUAUGAACAAUGUGAACUGAACGAAUCUGGGCCAGAAAGAUUUUAUUAUAGAUGCAAGAUUGGACAGAAAGAAUAUGCUGUUGGCGGAGGUGCUACUAAGCAGGAGGCAAAACAGAUGGCCGCGAAAUUUGCAUAUCAGCAGAUAGAGUUAGAGAAGACCUCCAUGAAAGAGGACUCAGAAGCAUCCAGUGAUUCUUGGACUACUUUGUCUAGUGACUCCAGAAACAGCACUUUGGUGAAAAACAUAUCUGCUUCUAAAUCACCACUUGAAAAUGAUUCCUCACCAAAUGCUCCAGAAAGAAAUUGUAACAGCAUCAGUGUCAACACUUCUUCAUCUCCUCUGAGCAAUGUCAGAAGUAGUGAAAAGAAGGUGAAAAGAACUUUGGCACCUACCUUUAACUCUCCUGUGAGCAAAGAAAACAAGCACACUGUGGAAGAAAGGUUUGCUAAUGAUUUUACAGAAAUAACGCCAAUUGGCUCAGGAGGAUAUGGUCAUGUUUUCAAAGCAAAGCACAAAAUUGUUGGGAAGUUUUAUGUUAUUAAACGUGUUAAAUAUGAUAAAGAGAAUAAGGUAGAGCGUGAAGUAAAAGCUUUGGCAGAGCUUCAUCACCCAAAUAUUGUUCAGUACUGUAAUUGCUGGGCUGGGGACGAUUACCAUCCUGAGGACAGCAUAAAUCCUUCAAGACCAAAGAUUAAGUGCCUUCUCAUCCAAAUGGAAUUCUGUGACAAGGGGACAUUGGAAGCAUGGAUUGAUGACAGAAGAGGCAAGAAACCAGACAAACUUUUGUCUCUGGAAUUAUAUGAACAAAUAGCAGAAGGUGUAAAGUAUAUACACAGCAAAGAGCUAAUUCACAGAGACCUUAAGCCAAGUAACAUAUUUUUAGUAAAUACAAAGCACAUAAAGAUUGGAGACUUUGGACUUGUGACAUCCUUGAAAGAUUAUGCAAAUCGGACAAGUAAUAAAGGAACUCUUCGAUACAUGAGCCCAGAGCAGAUUUCUUCACCAGAAUACGGAAAAGAAGUGGAUAUCUAUGCUAUGGGGCUAAUUCUGGCAGAACUUCUUUAUAUAUGUCCCACUCUUUCAGAAACAAUACAGAUUUUUAAAGCGCUAAGGGAUGAGAAGUUCCCAGAUGUGUUUGAUGCCAGAGAAAAAUUUCUUCUGCAGAAAUUACUGUCACAUGAUCCCACAAAGCGACCUAAUGCUUCUGAAAUACUGGAGACUUUGAAGGAGUGGAAAAAUGUUGCAGUGAAAAAGGAACGAAACACGUAUUAGAGCCCUUCUAAAAAAAGUAUCCUACUUUGGAUAUUCAAUUUUAACAAAUUUUAACAAAUUUAACUUCAAAAGCAUUUAUACAUUUGCCUUAUUUUCCUGGUUUAUCUCCUUAUUAUAAACAUAGGGAAUCUCUCAAAUUUUUUCUAUCUAUUAGUGAAUCAAUCAAUUAAUAAAUGUUAAGUGUUCAUUCUUUCUGGGCCAAAAAAUAUAAGAAGAUCUUUCCCUGUCUUAGAUAGCUAACCAGCUCAUUAAAGAAAUAUGAUAUCCAUAAAAAGAUAAGUGUUUUUUGAUUUUGGAAAACAGUUUGGUCAAAUCUGGUUAGGUUGAAGGUUUAUAGACCCUCAAAGCCAUCAAUUCCAUUCCCAUGUGCAUGCCUACAAGAAUGUUCAUAGAAAGUCUGUUUGUAACAGCCAAAAGAACAAAAAAAAAAAUGUCCAUCACAAGAAGAAUGGAUAAAUUUUAUUUUUUCACACAUUGUAAUACUAUAUAGCAGUGAAAAUGAAUGAAUGAUAAGCUAAAUAUAGUACCAUGAUUUAUCUGAUAGGAACAUAAUGUUAAACAAACAGCCGGUUACAGAAAAUAUAGACAGAAUGGUUCUCUUCACAUAAAGUUCCAGAGAAGGCUAAAUGAAAUAAUUUUGUUUAGAAAUGCAAACAAAUGCGAUCCAACAAUAAAGGGAAAGAAAGGAAUAAGAAAUAUUAAAUCCCAUAGUGAUUCUCUGAGGAGGGACGGAAGUGGUGUGACCCAGGGGGUGAACUGCAAAGGUAACAAUUCACCAUUUUUUCUUAAACUGACUGUUGAGUUUACUACUGCUUACUGCCUAGUUCUUCUUCUUUUUUUUUUUUUAUCUUAAAUACAUUUUGUAUCUGUUAGAACACACCCUUUAAAGAUAUAGCUGCGCUGGAAGGCAGGAGGUAAGCACAGAAAGUAGUCAAUGUGGAGGGGUUCAUGUGAGACCCCUUUCUACUAACGUAUCAUGGUGCAGGGCUUAGGCGUGGCAUUCCAGUGAGACUUCAAGUAGGGGAGGGGUUUAACUGAGUAGAGAGGAACCCGUAUGGGCAGUAGUCUGGGCAAGAGGCGUGGCUUGAGUUCUGGAAGAGAUACACCUGAGGAACACUGGAUAUACUCAUUUAUUUCCCUGGAUUGCUGGAGGGAAUACCAGAAGAUAAUUUGGGUGGCAUUCUGGAAGAACCUGAAAGUUGAUUUAAACUUUAGAGCAACCAACUACCAUUCUAAAAUUGUCAUAUAAUUUUACAGUUUUUU